GUUCCAGCUGCAGGAACCCCGAGGUGUGAGGGAAGCUCCUGGAACUGACUUUAAGGGACCAGGGCGCGGGUUGGUCAUGAGGCAAGGCGCGGCUGUGUGUGGCAUGGGCGUGGCGGGCGCGGGCGUGGUGGUGCUGGGCGUGGUGCUGGCGGCGUGGCAGCCCUCACUCUUCACCCAAGCAGCGGCCUCAGCAUCCCAGGAGGAGAACUGUUUUACCGCCACCACCAGCACCGCCUCAAGCACUUCCUCGUCAUGGGAAGCGUGUAACCAGAAGCAACGCCAGCACCAGGAGGAGGAGGUGGAUACAGGAACUCAGGGGCCUUGGACUAAACCGACGGGGAGCGACUACUUCGGGGCAGCCGGGGACGCCAUACUCGAGGAGAUGAAGGCUGAGAACAUGGAGGCCUAUCUCAGAUACCUGACGAGCCAGGGCCACAUGGCGGGCACGAAGCAGGACCUGGAGCAAGCCGAGUACCUGAAGAAGGCGUGGGAGGAGCAGGGGCUAGACCAGGUGUUCCUUCAGCCCUACGAGGUGCAGCUCUCCCACCCUGACCUCGCCAAGCCCAACAAGGUGUACUUAAUGGACGAGACUGGACAGGUGAAGUUUACAUCCAGCGUCAUGGAAGAACCGCUAGAUGGCGUGGCCUACGACGACUCCAUCCCCCCGGCCUUCCUCGCCUUCGCCCCCGCCGCCACCAUUGUCACUGACGAGCUCGUGUACGUGAACUACGCCCAGUACGAGGACUUCCUGGAGGCGGCGCGGGCGGGGGUGUCGGUGGAGGGGCGCCUCGUCAUCGCUAAGUUCGGCCGAGGCUUCCGCGGCGACAAGGUCAAGAACGCUCAGAAAUUCAAAGCUAAGGGGAUCAUUCUGUACACGGACCCCCACGACUACCACCCGGAGUAUCGGCAAGGGGGGGCGGCGUACCCCACCUCCUUCUGGCUGCCUGAUACCGGUAUACAACGCGGCUCCAUCGUGUGGCAUGACGGGGAUCCCAGCACGCCCGGCUACCCCGCCCUAGACGGGGCCUACCGCUUGCCUGACGAGGACGCUGACGUACCCACAAUCCCCGCCCACACAAUCAGCUACAGUGACGCCCGCAAGCUGCUGGUUAACAUGGGAGGGCGGGAGGUGCCUGAGGCCUGGCGCGGCGGUCUCAACAUCACCUACAGGAUGGGGCCGUCCCUGGAGAGGCCUGGAUGGAAGGUGAAGCUGGAGGUGAACAACGUGAAGCGCCUCCUGCCGACCUACAACGUGAUAGGCGUCCUGAGGGGCAGCGAGGAGCCGGACCGCUAUAUCAUCUACGGGAACCACCGAGACUCGUGGACGUUCGGCUCCUGCGACCCCUCCUCCGCUACGGCCGUCAUGAUGGAGAUGGUGCGAGCCUACGGGAAGCUUCUGGCGCGAGGCUGGCGUCCGCGGCGGUCCCUGGUGUUCGCCUCGUGGGGGGCGGGGGAGUACGGGUUCUUCGGCACGACGGAGUACGUGGAGGAGUACCUGAAGGUGUUCGAGGCAAGGGCUGUGGCGCACCUGAACGUUGACCUAGCCAUCAUAUACACCUACAACCUGCUAGUGUCAGCCACGCCCCUGCUGCAUAAAAUCAUAAAGGAGGCGACUAAGCGGGUCCCGGCGCCAGAACCUUCCCUUGGCUACAACACACUCUGGGACCAUUGGACUUCGAGGUUGCGUGCCGCCUCCCCCGAACUCCUCGACUACUCCCUGGCCUCCCUCAGUGAGCACUCCCCCUUCUACCAGAUGGUCGGAGUCCCAACCUCCUAUAUGGUCUGGGAGAUCAACUUUGAGGAGUACGACUGGUCCGACUACCCUCUCUACCACACCACCUUCGAGGACUUUGACGUCAUGAAGAACCUGCUGGACCCCGAGUUCCGCUACCACCUGGCCAUCGGGCGGCUCUGGGCAUUGAUGGGCCUGGGCCUGGCCGACGCGCAGAUCCUGCCGAUGGACCCUGAGGACGAGGCCGUGAUGCUGCGACGACUGCUGGCUGGCCUGAAGGAGGACUACGGGGCGGCGCUGCAGAAGGAGGACAUAACACUGGAUCACUUGGAGGCCGUGGCUGCCCGCUUCGAAAAGGCAGCCCACGCCUUCAACAGCCACCUAGGGAACUUGACCUCUGUGCCACCGCUCCUGGCCCGCCAACUGAACGACCAGCUAAUGCAGGUGGAGAAAUGUUACACCCACGCGGAGGGCAGCUACUACAGGCCCUAUAUGAAAAACAUGGUCUUCGGCACCGACAACCUGAACCAGUACGGUGGGUGGCUGGCGCCGGGGGUGCGGGACGCCCUGUGGGAGGCCGUGAGAUGUACCGCGCCCUGUCCAGAGGCAUGGCGGGUGGUGAGGCAACAGCUCUCCGUCCUGCAGGCAGCCGUCAACGCCGCAGCCCUCACCCUCAAGGACUUCAGAUACAUGUAGGGUGCCCCUCUGGACGAGACGCAACUACAUGAAGCAAUAAUAUACACUCGGGUCGCGCUAGCCUACUAAAUAUAGGCAGCUAUUAAUUCGCAGGUAUACAGGUAUAGCCCAUAAGAAGGGGUACACAGGUCCUAGCAAUGUCAGAAGGCUUGCAGUUUAAUUGUGAGGAAUGUGUGGAUAAUCCUUCCUAUCAAACUGAGUCUCUUUGUAAAAGUUUGUAGAACAUAGCUUCUCGCAGCACCGCCGGAUACAAGAAAGCCUAGCAUCACCGCCAGGCCCGUUAUUACAAGUGCACCACGACAGGGACACGGGCGCCACAGUAUAUCUACGCCAUACCAUGCAACAACGAAACUCAUUUAUAGUUAUCGUUAAAAGAGUUAGAUCCUGAUGUUUCUUGGCAAGAGUUAGGCGUCAGAAACCGGUAAAUACUAUGCUCUGAGUACGAUGACCUGGCAACGGUGAUGGUAUGCCUGCUUAGGUAUCCGAUAUUAUAAGACCUAGUGUGUGACUCCUGUAUGAUGGCAAGCGUCGUGCUCUCAUUUAUCUAUAAUAUUUAUGUACGUGUUAUUAGUUCAUUUAUUAGUAAAUUAUG